AUGACCUCUCACGAAAUCGUCGAAAUUAUAGAAUCUCCAAAUUCGAACCACGGCUUUUCCUUUUGGAAAAACCCUUUACUCUAUAUUCGCUCAUCCGUCAAAGAGAGGACAUUACAUAUAAAAAAGAAUGCUUCUCUAUCGGAAUUAAGUGGUAGUCUUGGAGAUUUAGGCACUUUACUUCCAAUCUUAUUAGCUCUUUCAAUCACCGGACAGAUUUCUUUGACUUCCUCGCUUAUAUUCGGAGGACUAUGGAAUAUCUUUAGCGGUUUGAUGUUUCGAAUCCCCAUGUGUGUUCAACCUAUGAAAGCUAUUGCGGCGGUGGCAAUCUCGGCAAAUUUAUCUAUAGGAGAAAUCAUGUCGGCAGGUCUUGGUGUUGGGGCUAUGAUAUUUAUUCUUGGCAUCACCAGAACUAUUAAAUUCAUCGAAAAGUGGACACCCAUUCCAAUUAUCAGAGGUAUUCAAUUGGGAGCAGGCAUGACACUAAUCAUAAAAGCUGCCGAUAUGAUUCGAAAAAAUGGUAGUUGGGGUGGCAGUUCUUGGAAAUGGAAUGAUAAUUAUGAAUGGGCUAUUCUAUCUUUCAUAUUCGUAUUUGCAUUUUAUUCAUCUAAAAGAAUGCCGACGGCAUUAAUUUUAUUCAUCGUUGGGCUAAUAAUUGCCAUUAUAAAGGUCUUUGUAUCUAAUAGUACAUUACCAUCAAUCUCAUUUAAUCAUCCUGAAAUUGUUGUCCCAACCCUAGAAGAAUUUAAAACCGGAUUUCUUAGUGCAUCUCUUGGACAACUUCCACUGACAACUCUCAAUUCUGUUAUCGCAUUGGCGGCAUUAUCUAAUGAUUUGUUCCCGGAACGAUCCUCAUUGAAUACGGUUGAAAAAAUAUCCGUUUCCAUCGGAAUUAUGAACAUCGUUGGAUGUUUUUUCGGCUCUAUCCCAUAUUGUCAUGGAUCAGGUGGAUUGGCUGGACAAUAUCGUUUCGGUGCAAGAUCCGAAGUUAGCGUUUUGAUCCUUGGAUUUUUUAAAUUAAUCCUGGGGAUAUUAUUUGGAAAAACUUUAACCAAUCUUCUAAAUUACUUCCCUUAUUCAAUUAUUGGUAUAAUGCUCUUUGUUUCUGGAGCGGAAUUAUCAUCUGCAGCACGAAAUUUCAUGAACACUCGUGAUCUUAAAGAUGAUGAUGAGACAAAAAGGAAUUUUACUCUAGUGAUCAUAACAGCAGGAUUAUUGGUCGGUUUCCAAAAUGAUGGAAUUGGAUAUGUUGGUGGUAUGAUUGGACUUAUGAUAGCAACAGGAUUUAUAGCUAAUGGGGCAAAAGUUUAUAUUUCUUCAAGAAGCAGAAAUACUUGUGAUAAGGUUGCUAAAGAAUUAUCUGCUAAAGGACCAGGAAAAGCUGUUAGUAUACCAGCAGAUUUACAACAAUUAAAUGAAGUCCAAAGAUUAGCCAAUGAAAUUAAAGAACGUGAUGGAAAGCUACACGUCUUAAUUAAUAAUGCUGGUGUUUAUUGGUCUGCCCCUAUUGCUUCUUAUUCAGAUGAGGCAUUUGAGGAAGUUAUGAAUUUGAACGUUAAAAAAAUUUUUAGUUUAACACAAGCAUGUUUACCGUUACUUGAGAAAGCUGCAUCACCAAAAGAUCCAGCGAGAGUAAUUAAUAUUGGAUCAAUAAGUGGUUUGGUGGUUACAACAUUUGCAGAAAAAUAUGCAUAUUAUGCUUCCAAAGCAGCUUUACAUCAUUUAACAAAAGUGAUGGCAGGACAAUUAUCAAAUCGUCAAAUUACAUUUAAUAAUAUUGCACCUGGACCUUAUCAUAGUAAAAUGUUAGCUAAAGUAUUAAAAGAUCAUGGCGAAUUAAUUAGAUCAUUUUCGCCUUUAGGUAGAAUUGGAUCAGCUGAAGAUAUUGCUGGUACCGUUAUUUAUUUAUCUAGUAAGGCUGGUUCUUUUACUAAUGGUGCUACUAUUGUAGUUGAUGGAGUUCAAUUCUACCAGGAUGAGGGUGGUGAAGAUGGUGAAUCAUCAUUUUUUGUUUCACUUGGUCAUCCGUUGGAUACUUGA